CAUAUUUUUUUUACUGCAAGGAGAAAAAGUUUGAGUGGAUAUUAUCACAUUUAGCUCUUAGCUCUCUUGGUUAUAAAACAAUGUUGUCAAUGCUUUGUUUGUGUAGUUCAAGUUUGCUUUUAUCUUUAAGUAUAGAAUCUUUGGGCUAUGUUUAGUGCUUACUUGUUGUGUAAGCGAGCUAUAAGAUGAGACGUACGGAGGGAAGGGGGAAACGGUUUUAGGGGACUUUUUCGAUUUUGGGGGGCAUUCUUUGCUUGAAGCAUUGGAUAGCUGAUUGCAUGACACAAGAGAUUUUGUUUUGCUUUUGGGAUUUGAGGUUCCACGGGAGCUAUGAACCCUAGGUGUUGUUUAUUACCUCAGACUGAGAGAUGUUUUGGGAAGAAACCAUUUUGUUCGUUUGUUUUCUUUUCUGGAGCUUAUUUACGUGCUCUAACACACUGGCUGAUGGACACAUUCAAGGCUAAAUGCAAAGCUCUCUUCAGUAGCAGAGGUUGUUUUGGGUGCUUCAUUGCGGUGGAUGAUCCAUCUAAGCGUCUAAAGAUUCGAGGCCGGAAAGCAAAGAGAUCUAGCUGUUCUGAGGAUUUCUGGAAUAGCAGUGGGUGCGAGAUGGAACAUAGUGGAGUCCAGUCCCAGGGAAGCAUUUCAUCAACCAACGCAUCUAAUCUCGAUCCUUCUGGCAGCACAAGUCAUCCUUCUGAAUUUGUAAAUCAUGGCCUUCUUCUUUGGAGCCAAACAAGGCAACAAUGGCUUGGAAAUAAUAAGUCCGAGAAACGGGUGCAACCUCGGCAACCCACGAUAAGUUGGAAUACAAUCUACGAGAGUUUACAUGGGAACUAUAAGUCAUUUCCGCACCCAAUCCCCCUUCCUGAGAUGGUGGAUUUCCUAGUUGAUGUUUGGGAGCAAGAGGGCUUAUAUGGUUAAAGCAGGAUGAUGCAAAACUAGAGAAAGGAAAUAUAUUUUUCCCCAUAAAUUAUCGAGAUUGCCUAUUUACUUAUCCUCUUCUCUGUAUUAUUCUUGCAUACGCUAUAGUUUUCAAGUCCUUUCAAAUUGGCAAGAAAAAGAUGCAAAUAUCCCACUAUUUCUAUAUCAACUUCUUGGCCUCUUUGCUGAUAGUUAACAAA